AUAUAUCGAAUCGCUCCAGGACUCCAAAUCCUCGAAGCACUGUGCAUCCAUUCCGUGGGUGACCCCACCGAGUCAACGCAGAUUCAGUAGGACUUUCUCGGCCGUGGAAACCCCUCGAUUGAGCUUACCUUUGGGAUGAAGACUGCGGACACGACCGGUUCCAAGGCGCAGCUCGGUGCGGCUUUGCAGAGAUGGACAAUCGUUUAAGACGGAUGGAAAUGAGUGCGAUAUGGUAAACAGAAUUUAGAUGCUCGAGUUCGUGGAUUUGGUUCGCUCCGUUCCCGUGGGUGCAGGCGGAUUCUUAUAUUUCUAGGAUUAGAUCGGGGCACUUGUUUGCCGAGAUCAUGCGUGGAUUUCCUCGGGACGGAGUCGCAUGCAUGAAUGUCUGAUCAAGAGCCGAAUGUCAUCAUUCCGUAUGACGAAAAAGGGAGAGGGUUCUUAUUUCUUGUACAUAUAAGGAUCAUUGUUCUGAGAUCUCAGGCAUGUAUCGAAAGUAGUACUAAGAAAAAGUGAUCGUUGACCUCGGAGUGUUCGAGGCCUCGAAACUUUUUACGGCACGCAUUCGGAGGGACACGAUCUCAUUCUUCGGACUGUGAGAAAGGAAGGACCAUCGGCAUUCUUGAUUUCUGCUGGCAACGUCGACGACGUGCAGUCAGUUGGAUGCGAUAAUUAUCAGAAUGAAAUUGGGUCGUCGAGCGUGGAAAUCCAUUCGGCCAAUCUAUGGCUGACGAGCGAUGAGCCUCAUAGAGCUCGCUCGAGAAUCGAGUCGACGUCGGUGGCACCCUCGACAAACAGGAACAUAUAGCCGCCGAAGCUGCGCCAGCCGUGGUCACAAGGAUGGAUGCCAAUAGCAACUGCAAUACUAAUGAUGAUAGUGAACACAGAAGACUUUGCGGACGCGAAUCUCAGGCACAGGUCUAGCAUUGCGGAAAUUCACGAGUCUUCACCACAAUUCGAACUUCUCUCGAUAGAUAGGAACCCGAAGAUGGAAUCCACGGGGAUAAUGUCAGUCUGGAGGAACAGGAGGCUGCGGAGCCUGGUGCUGGUCAUCGUCGCUUCCAUUCUGGAGAAAGCGGACAUGGCGGCGGUCCCGGCAGUGUACAGAGAAAUCGGCCUCGAGCUGCACGCGUCGCCAUCGGCGUUAGGCAGCUUCGCGUUGAUUCGAUCACUGACGCAGGCAGUCUGCUCCCCGUUCGCUGGGUACCUGGCCAAGAGGUACAAACGAACGACUGUCAUCGCUGCCGGAGCGCUCAUCUCCACCAUCGCCACGUUCUGCGUCGGCACCUCGACGACGUUUUCGCAGAUUGCGCUGUCCAUGGCCGUGAGCGCCGUGGGGAUCGCCGUCACAUGGCCGGCCAUUCAGUCGCUCGUCGCCGACGCGACCGACGACACGAAUCGGGGCAUGACCUUCGGCUGGCUGCAGCUGACAGGCCACGCCGGGUCCUUCUUCGGGGGAUUCGUCUCGGUCCUUCUUGCCGGGACGACGGUGGUCGGCGUCUCGGGCUGGAGGGUGUCCUUCAUCCUUCUGUCCAUGCUCAGCGCGUUGAUUACUUGCACGCUCUACUUCUUCGCAGACGAUCCCGGCUCGGGGUCGGUGUCGGGGUCGGGGUCAUCCGAGGUCCCGAGCCCGGGGCGGACGACGUACAAGGAGGACCUGAGGGAGCAAUUCGAAGACGCGAAGCGCGUCCUUAAGGUGAAGACGUUCCAAAUCAUCGUCGCGGAGGCGGUGGUGGGAGCGUUCGCCUGGUCGACCUUCUCGUUCGCGCCGAUGUGGCUCGAGCUGAUCGGGUUCUCGCACGGCAAGACGGCGACGAUCGUCGCGUUCUUCAUCGUCGCGGGCUCGAUCGGCGGCCUCUUCGGAGGCUGGAUCGGCGACCGCAUGGCGGGCUGGUUCCCCGACACCGGGCGCAUCGUCGUGGCGCAAGUGUGCACGGGCGUCGCCGUGCCCUUCACCGCCGUCCUGCUGCUCGCGCUCCCCGUCGACCCGUCCACGGCGCUGCUGCACGGCGCCGUCCUCUUCGCCAUGGGCCUCUUCAUCUCGUGGAACACGCCGUCCACCAACGCGCCGCUCAUGGCCGAGGUCGUCCCCCAGCAGUCGCGGACCAAUGUCUACGCCCUCGAGCGCACCUUCGCCAGCGUCGUCGCAGCCUUCGGGCCGCCUCUGGCCGGCAUCCUCUCCGAGCGAAUUUAUGGCUUCGUGCCCAUCCCCAAGGGCACCAGCCACAGCGUCGGAGAGACCAUCGAUCGACAGAACGCCUCCGCCCUCGGCAAGGCCAUCUUCACCUCGAUGGGACUUCCUUUCGCAAUCUGCUGCAUGAUCUACUCUCUGCUGUACCGGACCUACCCCCGCGACCGCGAUGAGGUCCGUGCUGCCAAGUACUUGGCGGAGUCGGACGUCGAGAAGGAUUCUGGCGCCGGUGUCGAGCUCAAGGACUCGAGUUACCUGGAGCCCGAGCAGGCGAGUGAGCAGGAGGAUGAAACCUCGAGGAUGCUCACUAGUAAGCAAGGCGAGGAGACGUAGAGACUGACGGUGUCCCUUUUUAAUCUUAUCGCUCCCUCACGCACUGACGGUCCUCUGAACGAGCUAUCUGCGAUGUCUAAUCCGAUCCCAAUGUACGACUCGAUCUCGAGUUUCAUACUACGCUAGCCGUGGCGCAUUAGUUGAGAAAUCGGUAAUUGUGAUCCAGAAAUGCCGGAGUCCACCGCAGAGAGAGGCUAACAAUUGAGCACUUCCCGUCCCUUGUCGAAAAGGUGUGCAGGCCAUUUCAAACAACAACGUGGAUAAAGCCUGACAGAGGAUAUUUGAUUCCAAUUGUAUCCUGAUGUUCACACAGCAGCCGGUCCACGAACCUACGGCUUUGGAGAAAAGUGGAAAAAACCGCUUCGAUCCUCGACUGGUGAAACAGCAGAAAGAGCCCAAGCAAGAUUAAGCUCCAAAGCAUGGUCACGAGCUCUGUGUGUGCAGAUUAGCAGUCCAUUGGAUUUUGCUUAGGAUUUUCGGUUGCGACGGAUCACGAUGUACAUAACUUCACCCCCUACCCCCCUCGGAUUUUGAAGCUUACUUGCUGCCCAUUGACCACACUGAUACGAGCAAUGAAGAUUCUCAUUCUCAUGUCACCAAUCCAAACUACAUCGCAGUUACAACCAGAUGAUGAUGGAGGCAGAGGCAGAAUACGAGAGACCUAGUGUUGAGCUAGUAUGGAGAGAAGGGACUCUUUCACUCCUAUCACCAUUUCGUUAAAACUUUCAAAAGUCGAUUUUGAAAAUCUAUGAGGGCUGUUUGUGG